AUGAUCCUACGUCUUUACACUCCAUUUUGUAUAGAAAUUCCACUGAAAAGUAUCGAACUUGACCCUCCUCGUGAUCGGCAAGAGGGUCAAGGCAGAACUAUGAGGAGGGUCAAAUUUAAUACUUUUGCAGUUCCACCAGUACUCUGA